GGCUGCGGUCACACUGGUCCUGUCGCACAAAUAAAAUAAUAAAUGAAAAGGCAGAAGGCAGCACAAGCAACAAUAAUAGAAAUAAACAGCCGACCCGAUAACUGAGCACAAAAAUAAGGCGUACGUAAUAUAGACGAGCAGGCAAACAAGGCGGCUGUGCGCGGCGGAGAUCCUUCUUACCGGAGCGGAGUGGAGCUGGUGUGACAAUGGGCGCCUGUGUGUGUCGCGCGAACCCCGACAACGAGACGAUGAGCGUCUCCUCGGCGAGCAUCUCGCGUCCGGCCAGCGCAGGCAUCGCCAUGGGCGCUGCGCGCAAAAACCGACCGCUGUGCCACGAGACCAUCCGGUGGCGAUCGGACGUCCCGCUCACCGAGGGGCAGCUGAGGUCCAAGCGGGACGAGUUCUGGGACACGGCGCCCGCCUUUGAUGGCCGCAAGGAGAUCUGGGAUGCGCUGCGGGCGGCCACCAACGCGGCCGAGGGCCUCGACUUUCAGAUGGCGCAGGCCAUCCUGGACGGGGCCAAUGUCUCAGUUCCGAAUGGAUACCUCACAGAAUGUUACGAUGAGCUGGGCACCCAGUACAAGGUGCCCAUUUACUGUCUGUCAUAUCCCAUAAAUAUCGUAAAGGAGGAGAACGGACGCGACUCGCCUGCCGAAUACUCUGAGCCAGUGGAUGGCGGUACCGAGAUCUUUUUGAAGCUGCGCAUAUCAUCGACCAUGACUGAUGUUAAACUACCGGUGUACUCCAAGGACACCGUGGGGCAGUGCAAGAAGAAGCUUCAGGCCGCCGAGGCUGUCGACGCCUGCUGCCAGCGAUGGUUCUAUAGUGGCAAGCUGCUGGGCGACAAGGUGCCCAUCGAUGAGUGCAGCAUACACCAGGGCUACGUGGUGCAGGUGAUUGUAAACACGGAGCACUACAACCACGACAACAGCACGAGUACGGCGCACGCCAGCUAGCGGCGCAGUCAACUCCCACUAGUCAACAGCAAUAGCAACAGCAAGGAGCCACGACAGCAGCCGCAGGAUCAGCAGCAGCAGCAGCAGCAACAACUUUUGGCCAAAGUGGGCAGCGGCAUUCGAUGGAGGAGGAAUGCCAUAUACUCAGAUUACAGCACAAGGAACCUUAAGGGGAAUGUACAGCAAACACCGGAGCAUCAGCGGGUACAACAGCAACAGCAUACUCAUUGCAUUUAUCAAAAUAAGCAACAAUUGCAAAUUGUUGCUCUGUCUGCCUUGUUGCUGUUGCUGUUGUUGUGGCUGCUCGCCUUGUUAUGCUUUGUUUAAUAUAUCUAUAUAUAAAAUAUGAAACAAAGAUCGAAAUCGUGUUGCUGAGGAAGGGAAAUAGGCAUGGGAAAUGAUUAUAAGAUACAUAAAUUAUAAACUUACAUAUAUUUUUUUGAUAAUAAUUACUUGGUAAUAAUACAAUGGAUCUAGGCGGUCUACAAAGCAUGUACUGUCAACUGUAUAUGGAACCUGCUGUAUUGAGCAUUGUAACCGAGAUUUUCUCGGACACUCGUCUACUGAAAAACUGAAAAAGAUGUACAUUUUUAUAAAAACCAAAUUGAAGGGCCUCUAUUAACUAAUUGUAAGCAAGUGUUAGUUCAUUUGCCUAAUGUACAUGUAAUGUAAAAAUAAACAAGAACUGUAGUAUUUGGCCGCAAUAGAAAGCAUGCAACAAACAAUUUUUGAUACUGUACAAAAUGCCAAUCACAAUAUUAUGAAAGUGAACAUAAUUGUGACAAAACCCAGAAAAAACACAAAUUGUUAAGCAAAUUCCUUGCUCAAAUGUAGUUAACACGAAUGAGGGGAACACAUCGCGAUAAGAGAGAUGGAGCGAAUGCGAGGUAGGGAGUUGAAGAGUUAACCCAAGUACCUUAUAAAUGUAUAUGAUUUAAUUGCUUUUAGAGUCGAUAAUUAUCUCUCAAGCACAUCAAUUUCUUGUAUAAUUUCUUUAAUAAAUUCGAUGCGGUCAAAUGACCGUUUUAAGUCCGCUGAACUACAAUAAGGCAUUUAUUCCGGGGGUAUGAAUUAUCUAACUCAAUUUUAUUGACUUAUUGUAAAAUUAAGAAUUAGGUCAAUACAUCCACUGAUGAUGCUGAAUGCAGCGACAGUCUACAGUUUUUGCAUAUUUAUAUUUAGUAGCGAAAUCAGAUGAUAUCAAAAUCCUUUGAUUUUAGAAUCUCUUUUUUUAAUUCAAAAAUAAUAAAUAUGUUAUAACCUUUAAAUAAAACUAGUGAAAACAUUUAAAUAAUAAAUUUAAAAUUUGAUAAGUUAUGCCAUUCAUCUAAUCGUUUUCAGUAUAAGUUACCGUAUAUAUUCCACUGACGGCCUUUUUUUAAUAUUUCCUAACAUUGUAUUUUAAAAAUGUCGGUGCAGAAGAGAUCCAAUAUAUCAAAUAUUUCUGUAACGCACUGCGAGAGAGUGUUAUUGCCAAAGUUGAAACAAUUAUUGAAAGAAGCAAAUAAAGAUCUAUUGAAUGCUUAUAUA